GCGGGCGCUAGCUUGUCUGAGGCAGCCUUCAGUAAAUGACUGGUUAGGGGAUGGGGAAGGUUGGGGUAUAAAUCUCUGUUACUCUUCCGGUCCCCUUUUGCUGAGGACCAGUCAGUAAGUGAAAGAAGAGAGGUUCCGAGGGAGGGUGCCAGAGGCCAGAGACUUCAGCUGCUAGGCUAAGGGUCGAGAAAGGGUGCAUGGGGGGCGGGAAGUGGUACCGAAUCUGUCUAGUCCUUUAACGUACGCAGCAUUUUGGUAUUUAUUCUUAUUAUUUGUACCUAUCCUGGGAGAGCAUGAACAGAAGAUAGCCCUUCUGCUUUCAGUCUAGCUGAUCUGAUACGCUCAUCAAAGGGUCUAGGGGAAAUUUUGCAAAGGUGGGGGGGGGGGUUGAGGGGGUGGGGAAGACGACCUUGAUUUCCACCAAUCACGGUGCGUUUGUCUGCGAUGUCCUGGGGGCACAGGGUGCCAGUGGUUCUCUGCCGAAUUAAUUGAAGAGACUUCUUUUAUUUUCUUGGAGAGGUGGAGAAACGAAAUGAUGGGCUAGCUAGCGGUCCCGGGUCAACCUGGAAAUUUACAAGGACUGGCUGCAGCGUUAAGUUCUCUUUUUUUCUUCUAUGCUUCAAAGCCAUAGCAGCAGUAGCGGGAACAGCCAUAGGAAGAGCCAAGAGGCGACGAAAGGCAAAGGAGCUUGUUUUUUUUUUUUCAUUUGGCAGGGGGGAAAGGGGCGGGGGAGAAGCCGAGGAAGCAAAGAAACUGAACCUUUUGCCUGUAUCAAAACCGAGAAGGAUCGUGAUGCAGCACAGUCAACUGGGAAGACUGACUGUCCCUGGAUCUUCUGACUUCUGGAGGGAAAUGGGAGCCCCCUUUUUCUCCAAGAGAAGCUACAAUGGCCAUAGCUGAUGGCUUGCUCUUCUGCCGCUUUUGCUAAAAGGAGGGAAACAAUUUUUUAAAAAGUUACAAAUUAAAAGCCUUUUGCACCAUCCAUUGGACAGCAGCGGCAGAAGAUGCGGUUUUAUGGUGUAUGUCAGUGAAAUAAAGAGGAAAGAGAGAGAGAGAGAGAGAGAGAGAGAGAGAGAGAGAGAGAGAGAGAGAGAGAGAGAGAGAGAGAGAGAGAGAGAGAGAGAGAGAGAGAGAGAGAGAGUGUUAGUGUGUGUUGCAUUGCAUGGGAGCACUUUGAAUUUCGGAUUUCAGUUCCAUCUACGCUGCAGCUCAGACCACUGCAACACCAUGAUUGCGCUAAGCAUAAGAGACAGCAGUCGGGCCCGGAGACAGACUUGGAGAGGGACGAUGGCAGUAUUGGCGUGUAAGUGUCCUCGGACCCGGCUUCCAAUGGGAGCUAGUGCCUUGGGCUUCUUUGUUCUCUGCUGGCUUUACGUCUUCCCAGUGUACCGGCUGCCCAACGAGAAGGAGAUUGUGAACGGAGUUCUGCAGCAGGGCAAGGCAUGGAGGAGAAACCAGACUGCAGCCAGAGACUUCAGGAAAGAAAUGGAACACUGCUGUGACCCAGCCAAUCUCUUUGCUAUGACUAAACAAAAUUCUCCUUUGGGGAAGAGCAUACGAUAUGAUGGGGAAUUAUUGUACUCUUUCACCAUUGACAAUUCAACUUAUUCCCUCCUCCCCCAGGCUACUCCAUUCCAGCUGCCAUUGAAGAAGUGCUCAGUGGUGGGAAAUGGUGGGAUUCUGAAGAAAAGUGUCUGUGGCCGACAAAUAGAUGAAGCAAAUUUUGUCAUGCGAUGCAAUCUUCCUCCUCUGUCCAAUGAAUACAAUAAAGAUGUUGGAUCCAAAACCCAUUUGGUGACAGCUAACCCCAGCAUAAUCCGUAAAAGAUUCCAGAACUUGCUUUGGUCCCGAAAGACAUUUGUUGAUGACAUGAAAGUAUAUAACCACAGCUACAUCUACAUGCCUGCUUUUUCUAUGAAAACAGGGACUGAGCCAUCUCUCCGGGUUUAUUAUACAUUGGCAGAUGUGGGUGCCAAUCAAACAGUGCUUUUUGCUAAUCCCAACUUUCUUCGUAGCAUCGGCAAAUUCUGGAAAAGUAGAGGAAUUCACGCCAAGCGCUUAUCUACAGGUCUCUUUCUUGUUAGUGCUGCCCUGGGCUUGUGUGAAGAAGUUACCAUCUUUGGCUUCUGGCCUUUCUCAGUGGACCUGCGUGAGCAAUCUAUUAGUCAUCACUACUAUGACAAUGAGCUGCCUUAUUCAGGCUUCCAUGCUAUGCCAGAAGAAUUCCUUCAGCUUUGGUAUCUUCAUAAAAUGGGAGUGCUAAAAAUGCAGCUAGAACCAUGUGAAGACAUUUCAGUCCAAUCCACUUCCUAAGGACCCAGACAGGGGAAGCGAAUGGCCCAAUGCAAUGUUUUUAGUUCUUUUGUGUGAAUCUGCAGAAGCAAAAACAUUCAGAAUUAUUUAUGGAUUCCCAGAGGUCACUUAAGACAGAAGAAACAAAAUGCCACGGUUUGAGAAUUGAUUUGGAGGCUUCACAGGAAAUAAGACCUUCUGCAAAAUAUUUUGUAGUUUACUGUGGUUUUUUUGGCCAGAAAAACUCUGGAAGUAAAUUCUUGGGGGAAAAAUCAAAACAGCCCUUAGCAUAGGUCAAUUUCAGACAAUAUCUUUCAAAACAGAGCUUGAUAAUUUAGGAUGAGAAACAAUAAUGGAAAUUUGAGAAAUGAGAAGAAGGAAUUUUAGUAGUGAUUGACCACUGACAUUGACUGUAUAGAAAUCAAUCUGAAUUAAAACUGUUAUUUAGAAUGGUAGUUUUUACAAGUAUUAUUUAUUUUUGUCAUUUGGGUUUAUGUAGGGUGGGUGGGUAAAGGGGAGAAAAAGUUGUGUGUGAGUAAAAUAAUACUGUAUUCUGUAAUAACAAUCCCAAAUGCCGUAGCUUACUAUUGUGAUUGUUUUUAAAAAAUGCUGUUUCUGAACCACUCCCUCCUGCAUCUCCACUCCUAAAUGCUGGGUUGCUCUUUUGCCAAGUACUUAGACAAUGUGAAACCUUGAUGAAUUGGAACUGUAACAGUAAUCAGUCUGAAUAUCUUGAUUCCAUCUCCGCUCUCUUUUCUGCUUCUCCCACAGUUAUCUGAAUAGUUCAGGUAAUAGCUACAACUUCUAAAUUAUAUAACGUUGUCCAUGUAGACCUGUCAUUGUUUUGUCACUGUAAGGAGACUACCUACGUAAGUGUAGUAUUUUCCAAACUUAUAAUCUUGUUCAGAAUUUGAUGUUCAGAUAUGUAGUAGAGUUCUGUGGGAUCAUAAGAGAAUUUUAGUUUAGUAUUUCCCUAGGAAUAUGUCCUAUAACACAAGGUAGAACAAGCAUCUUCUUCUUAUACAUACAUAUUCAUCCUUUCAUACACAAAAUUGCCAGUUUAUUAAGGCCAGAAUUUAUAACCAGUGAUGGAUUUUCACAAAAUCCACCUUGUGCCAGCUUGCUAAACUCUAGUUCUUAAAUAAUGACAGCUUUACUGAUCAUUCUCUGUUUUGCAAAUAUAGAAAGGGAUCCAAUUUCUACUUGCCCAAAAGAUUACUCAGAGGACUAAGAACAGUCCUCCCUAAUCCAUGCCCAAUACUUCUUACAUGGACAUUGCUGCUCUGGGUGACACAAAGCCUCGUGUGAAAAGGUCAGUGGUUGUAGAAUGAGCCACUAGUGUUUACCCAGCAAGCCUUUUCCAUUUUUUUUAUGAGUUUAAAAAUUGUUAUUAAUCUUUAUUUUUUACAUUCCUCUGUUUCCCAAUGUAUUCUUUUAAAAAAUUAUUUCUUUAAUUAAUUAAUUUAAAAUAUUUUUCCAGGGCUACAUGAUUCAUAUUCUUCAUUAUGAAUUGAGAAAGGUCUGUACCAUUAAAAGAAAUACCCACCCUGAAGAGAGUUCAAAGGUCCACAGGAACAUUGAAGUUAUUCAAUUCUUCAUGUAAAGACCUCCAAACAAAUAGAAAUUUAGAUUUCUUCACAGCACUGGCAAAUAUUUAAUGGACGAAAUGUUACAAUGGAAUCAUGUUUUGUUAAUUCAUGUCAUCAACAAAUAUGAAAUAGUUUUAAGGGUAGGAAAAGUGUAUAGCCAAAAUGAGAAAUGGGUUAUUUAAAAAUGUGGUUGGUGGUCAUGAUUCACUUUAUAUCUACUGUUAGGUUUUAAAGAGUUUUGAGAAUAUUGGUCAAUUCAGUACCAGAAUCCUCAUUUGUUUUUUGACCCUGCUUUGGCAGCAUAGCAUUGUAAAACUUAAUGCUGUUAAGCUUUGGUAAAUAUUCGAUACAUGUAUUGGCCUGAAUAUAUCUACUAUUUCAAACUACAAACUGUUCAGUAAUUAUCAUUAGGAAACAUACAUGUAUACGUAUAUAUACCAAUAAAAUCUAAUUGUUCUAAACAUAGAAAUGCAUCCAAAAGUUAUAAAAUGCAUGUAUCCAAAUUAAUGGCUUAAUUUUGAAAAACCUUGUCAAUAGUUUGUUUAGAGUAUGUCCAUUUGUCCAUCUUUUUCUGGCAUUAAAAAUAUCAUGAAAUGAGACCUUUUAUUACACAUUUCCCAAUGGUGAUUUGUCAUAGAUAUGUACUAUCAUAGAGAUUUGUGUGAUCCUAUCUACUCUGUGUGGAAUCGAGGGCCAAAGAAAAAUAUAUCUUUAUUUGAAAAUAUAAUAUUACCUAAAUACUUACAUGCUACGACUCAAGUAUUGAAACUGAAUUCUGUGCAUUGUUUGUUAAAUCAAUCUGCUUUAUAGUCAUACUCCUUUCACAGGUCUUUAUUGAGGACUUAUGUUGCCUUCUUUCUUAGUGCAUAGUGGAAAUAUCAUCACAAUGGAGAUAAAUGCUAACCUCCCAAUCAAACAAGAACUAUUUAUUCUGAUGAACUUUAAGAUCACACCUUCUACUCUGUAUCAUGUUCGAUCAAUUUGAUUUUAUAGAAUCAUAUGCCCAUAAUUUACAACAAAUUAGCUCUAAAACAGAAUCAAUAAAAGCAAAUUUAAGCACUUUUGAUGGUCAAACAACAGAAGACACCACUAUUUAAUAUCAAUCUACUUUUUCAAGUUUAUUUUUUAAUUUCACAAAUAAGAUUGUAUUUUAUUUUUAGUAGGGAAGGAAAAUAAGAAUAUAUAACUCUAAUAUGACUUUUUCCUUUAACAUCACUUAGAAAAUGCAAACUUGUUAAUAAUCAUUGUUAUAUGUAGUUAAAAGGUCAUUUAUCAUAAAAGCUUUGCAUCUGGCAAGUUGACAAUGCCUAUAAAAUGUAAUUUCCACACUAGAAUCCAUUUCCAUAUAAUCAUCUUUCAAUUAUUUACACUAAUUCAAGUAAAUAGUGUAGUGGAUUGUACAAAACAGAGAUGUUUAAGUAACAUGUUGACUUUGGAAUAGAUAAUAAUAGUAGUUCCCAUUUGCAUAUUAUUUUGGUCCAUUUGAUCAUCCCAACCAGUUCAUUGAAGUGUUUUAACAGAUGAAUAAACUGAGACAGAGAAAAGUUAACAUUACUUGCCCAGGCCUUCAAACUCAUGCCUUCUGAUUCCAGUAUACCAGAUUGUCUCCAGUAUACAGAAAAUUAAUUUCCCAAUUUAUAUUUUCACUUCAACUAAGUUAAAAUGACAUUUCCCAGGUUUUCAGUUGAUGAAGCCCAGGAGAGAAAGUCCAGAUGCCUGCUGAGAAAGAGAUGGAAGCUUUUCUAGGAUUCAAAAUUUACUACAAAAAUUCCAAAGAAUGUGUACUCUAUAUAGUAACUUGAGAAUAAGCUGAACAGGGAAAAUGCUCCUAUUGAUACACUAUAAUUUCUUAUUGCCCAGAGCUAUGAAGAGUCAUAAUUUUUAAAACUGCUAUUAAACAACCCAUUUCUUUUAUUGGGAGAGUAGUUGUCUAUGGUCUCGGUUUCUGUAUUUGGGCAUAUUGAAUAUUGUGAUUUUUAACUGUUAUAUACCAUGUUGGUCAGGAUUAAGUAUUUCUGAGGAAAGUUAAUGCUAUUACAAAUAUUUGAAAUUCCUCUAACCUACACCAAAGUGCAUUCACAUCAGAGACAUUUAUCAAGAAUCUAUUACAUGCAACACAUUAAGCUAGAUGAGACACAUGGUCACUCCAGGAGUUUAUAACUUAGUUGGAUGAAAUAUAUGCCUACAUAUGUGUGUAUGUGUGCACAUGUAUAUAUUACUUAUACUUGUAUAAAAAUGUGCCCAACUGAUAUAUUUGUGUCCAUUUGACUUUCCAUCAUACAUGAGAAAAGAAAUUAAUAAAGCCCAUCAUAAAUAGGGCAAUCAGGACAACAAAACCCAGAAGGGUGUUUUCUUUCUGAGAACUAGAAAAGUCAAAACUUUAUUUUCUACCCAUUCAAAUGAGAAUAUAUUGCCAAUGAUCUAUGACUUAUAGGAAAGUCAUAAUUUGGGGGCAGAAAUAAAGGAUUUGACUUGGGAAUUCCUGGAGGUGAAAUGGGCAGGAAAAUAAAGAUCUUAUCUGCCAUUGGGAUUAGAUGUCUUAAGUAUGUAAGUAAUUUUUUUUUCAUAAUUGUUUUAACCUGUGACUUAAGUUGAUGUUUCAUUCAAUUAGAUUUUCUUACUCAUUACAUUUUGGGAAGGCAGCAGUCAUUACAUUUAUUCCUGUAAAAAGGCUCCAUGAAAGCUCUGGGGACUAGCCCCAAAGGAUUCUACCUAAUAGAAGUAAGGGACAGUGUAGGGGAGGUCAGACUAUGAAGAGAUAUUAAGCAUUAAGAAAUUCCAUUCAAGAAGUUUAAUGAGAGUUUUGUAAGUGCGCAUUUGUUACUGUCUCGUCUCCUAAAAUAAGAAAGUAGGCAAGCAAUAUGUAACUGUGUGCUAUCGCCUGAAGACUGGUAUCGCCAUUUGGGUCUCCUAGGGAUAAUGUUCAGUGGUAACUCUCAGAAUGACGAGUUCAUAUUGAUACAAUCCAAUCGCUGCUUACCAUUGCCAAAAGGAAAAAAAAUCAACAUUCAUUUCACACAUUCAAAUGCUCUACAGGUUUAUUGUAUCAUUGCUAUUUAAGGUAAAACAAUUUCUUUAUCCAUUCCCUGAUUUACAAAGAGGAAGUAGUCACUGUGACAUGACUAACCUGUAUUGUCUAUAUACAGAUGAUUGUCUUAAAGUAAUACAUGUUUAUUGAAUUGAAUUAAAUUGAGUACGUACUAUGAUCUUUUUUAAAGCUUCGAUGAGAAAGUGUGUUUUGCUAAUGUUAAGUGAUAUGUCUACCUCUUUUUGUGUCGUUAUUGAAAUGCAUAUUGUACAAAGAUCA